AUGACAGUCGAAGAUCUCUCCAGUCAGAUCGAGAAGAAAGCUGAUGUGAACACGUCUGGCGGACGUUUGGUGCUGACGUCCAGUGGCAAUGUUCUUGAUGCUGCACAGCCGCUGUUGCAGCAACUCCAAGAUGAGGAAGUGACAUAUGUGGUCCAAAAGGUAGGUGCAUCAGAAGCAGCGGCGAGUUUCCAUCGUGCACUAGAAGGGAGCACUGACCAAGCCUUAAGCGUGGCAGAUGGAAAGAUAAUUGAUGCCAUUGCUUCAUUGAGCUUCACCAACAGUUUUGAUCAAAGCUUGGCAGGUCUCAGGCUGCCAAGCAGACUGCAAGCAUUGACCUUUGGAGAAAAGUUUGACCAAAGCUUGGAAGAUGUCAUGCUUCCGAGUGGAAUCCAGACUUUAACCUUUGGCGAGAAGUUCAACCAAACCUUGGUAGGUGUCAUACUACCAAGUGACCUUCGUUCAUUGACCUUCGACCGGGAUUUUGAUCAGACCUUAGUGGGUGUCAAGCUUCCGGAAUGCCUGCAGACAUUGAUCUUCGGCAGAGCUUUCAACCAAAGUUUGGAGGGUGUAAACCUUCCACAGACCCUGCAGACUUUGUUCUUUGGUGAACAAUUCAACCAAAGCUUGGACGGUGUCACCCUUCCAAGCAGCAUGCAGACUUUGACUUUUGGGGAAAAGUUCAACCAGAGCUUGGACGGUGUCACGCUUCCAAGCAGCAUGCAGACUUUGACUUUUGGUGAAAAGUUCAACCAGAGCUUGGACGGUGUCACGUUGCCAGAUAGCCUGCACACCUUGACAUUCGCCAGGGAUUAUGACAAAAGCUUGGAAGGUGUCUCACUGCCAAGUAACCUGCGCACUUUGACGUUUGCUUUGUUUUUCAACCAGAGCCUGGCAGGUGUCAGUCUGCCAAGCAGCAUCGAGACCUUGACCUUGGGCGAGCAUUUCGAACAAAGCUUGGUUGGUGUCACUCUGCCAAGUGGCUUGAGGACAUUGAAAGUCGGUGACUAUUUCAACAAGUACAUGGAGGGCGCCACCACCCGCACCGCAGGCACCGACCUCGGCCAGCCAGCCGCGCCCCAGGCGGCUUCCAACAGAAUUGCUGGAAAGCUCGUUGCAGAGGCCACGAACAAGUCGACCACGACGGGGACGAUGCACUCCUUGAAGAUUCAAGGUCUUGAUGGCUCCACAUUUGAUCUGCAGGUGGACAACAGUAUGACAGUGGAAGAUCUUUCCAGCAGCAUCGCAAAAAGGGCUGGUGUCGAAGUGGCUGGGAUGCUCAAACUAACUUCUGGUGGCAAUGUUCUUGAUGUUUCACAACCGCUCUUGCAACAACUUCAUGAUGAAGAGGUGACUUUUGUGGUUUGCUACAACUUUGUCGGGGCAGGUGACGCAGCGGCGAGUUUCCAGCAUGCAUUCGAAGCCUUCACCCUUGAUCAAGCUUUGAGUGAGAAGGAUAUAAAUGCCAUUGAUACGAUUAGCUCAUUGACCUUUGGUGAGGACUUCAAUCAGAGCCUGGAAAGUGUGAGGCUGCCCAGCAGCUUGCAGACUUUGACUUUUGGUCAAACCUUCAACCAGAGCUUGACAGCCGUCGCGUUCCCGGCUGGCUUGCAGAUGUUGACCUUCGGCGGAGACUUCAACCAGAGAUUAGAUACGGUCACUUUUCCAGAGAAUCUUCAAGUUUUGACCUUUGGCCAUUUUUUCAACAGGAGCUUGCAACAUGUCGCCUUGCCACCAAGCAUGCGGACCUUAACCUUCGGCCAUAAAUUCAAUGAAAGCAUGGACUGUGUCAUGCUGCCAGACAGUCUGCAGACUUUGACUUUUGGCUAUGAGUUUAACCAGAGCUUAGCGUUUGUUUCACUACCAAACAACUUGCAGACCUUGACCUUUGGCUAUUUCUACAACCAGAGCUUCGAAGGUGUCACCUUGCCGAACAGCUUGCAGACGUUGACUUUCGGUGAUGCCUUUAACCAGAGCUUGGCAGGUGUCACGUUCCCAACUAGUCUCAAAGCUCUGACUUUUGGGGAGGAGUUUAACCAAGGGUUGGAACCCAUCACCUUGCCAGUCAACCUGCAAACCCUUACAUUUGGCAACAAAUUCAACCAGAUCUUCAAAGGUGUCACUUUGCCAAACAGCUUACAGACUCUGACUUUCGGCCAGAAUUUCAAACAGAGCCUGGUCGGUGCCACUUUGCCAAGCAAUCUCCAAACUUUGACCUUCGGCUCUGAACCAAGCGAGAGGUUGGAUGGCGUCAACCUGCCCACCAGUCUGCAAUCCUUGACCUUUAGCAAUUCUUUCAAUCGGAACUUAGAGGGUCUCACCUUACCAAAGAGCUUGCAGGCGUUGACCUUCGGCGAUGAAUUUCACCAGAGCUUGGCAGGUGUCAUGCUGCCGAACAGCUUGCAGACUUUGUGCUUCGGCAAAAAGUUCAACCACAGCUUGGCAGGCGUUACGCUACCAAACAGCCUCCAGCUCUUGACCUUCGGACGUCGAUUCAACCAGGAUUUGGCAGAUGUUGUGCUUCCGAUCACUCUGCAGACUUUGAGCUUUGGCGGAGACUUUAAUCAGAGUUUGGCAGGAGUGAUGCUGCCCAGCGGCCUGGAAUCUUUGACUUUCAACCUCGAUUUUAAUCAAAGUUUGGAAGAUGUCGCACUUCCACGCAGCCUUCAAAAAUUGACAUUUGGUUGGAAUUUCAAUCAAAGCUUGGUAGGUGCGACCUUGCCAAGCAGCCUGAAGACCUUGGUUUUUGGCAGCAAGUUUGACCAGAACUUAGCAGGUAUCACGUGGCCGAGCAGCCUUCAGAGCUUGACCUUGGGAGAGAAGUUCAAUCAAAGGUUGGACGGAGUCUCCUUGCCAGACAGCUUGCAGACCCUCACUUUCGGAGAGAAGUUCAAUCAAAGUUUGGACGGUGUCACCUUUCCAAGCUCUUUGCAGACUUUAACCUUCGGCUACGACUUCAACCGGAGCUUGGCAGAUGUUGUUUUCCCAGAGAGCUUGAAGACACUGAGUUUCGGCUGGAAGUUCAAUCAGAGCUUUACUGGUGUCUCAUUGCCAAGCAGCUUGCAGACUUUGGCCUUUGGUUUUAGCUUUGACCAGAGCUUGGAAGAUGUCACACUGCCAAGCAGCUUGCAGACUUUGACCUUUGGCCAAAGAUUUGCCGAAGGCUUGAAACAUGUUGCUCUGCCCGGCAGCUUGCAGUCUUUGUCAUGUUUGAAGUUUAAUCAGGACCUUUCAGGCCUUAGCCUACCAAGCAGCCUGCAGGAAAUCUCUGUGAAAGACUUUUCUCUUUGCGUGCACCAACCAACCACGAGCAAGCUUGCGAAGUGA